AUGAGUCUUCGUAAGGGCAGUGGAAAAGUGUUGAGUUUGGGCUGGAGAGAAGUGUUUAGAAUCUGGCCCAGGCUCUGGAGGCGAGACUAUCUUAGAGAAGCACAGGAGGAGCUAUACAAAAAGACAUUGUCAUUUUAUGGGAAGAAGGAAUCAAGAGUUGUGGCCCGGUGCCAAAAAGUUGAGAUAAACGAGGAUGAGUAUAUUCAUGAGUUGUUUGUUAGUAAUAGAGAGAGUGGAAAGAAAAAGGAUGAGAGGAAGGAAGAGAAGAAGGAAGAGAAGGCAAAUGAUUUGUUGAUGAUUCAUGGGUAUGGAGCAACGUCAUCGUUUUACUAUCGAAAUUUCGAACAGUUGAUUGAUAAUGGUAGCAAAGGGAAACGAUUUCUGAUAUUUGCAAUCGAUUUACCCAACUUUGGGUUGUCGUCGACGAGUGAGUUCAAGUAUCCAUUCAAUUUCAGGGAGAAACGCAAAUGGUUAACCCCAAGGAUUAAAUUCAAGUAUAAAGAUGAAAGAGUGGAAUUGCCCAAGGAGUUGGAUAAAGAGAUGAAGAAGAUGAAUAUGAAGCAGAUUGGGGAAAUGCAGAAACUUAAAAAGAUUGAUAAGUUUGAGAUUAUGAAUUCCAAGGAGGAAUUGGUUGAGAUUUAUGGCAAUUUGAAGGAGAAAGUUGUGCCAUUUUUCGAGAAUUAUUACAUUGAUGCGAUGAAUUUGUAUUUGGAUAAAAAGGGGGUAGAUAGUAAAGAUGGGAAAGUUGAUGUGAUUUGUCAUUCGUUUGGAGCGUAUUUGAUGAUUUGUUUUUUGUUAAAGUAUCCCGAGAGGAUUAACAAAAUGAUAAUUGUGAGUCCUGUUGGGGUUGAAAGGUCGCCCUUUUGCGUUGAGUCGAUCAAGUACUUUAUUGAUAAUUACGAGAGACAGAGGGAGUACUCAGUGUCAUCAGAAUACGACAAGUUUAAUUAUUUGAAUGUGAACUUCAAUGCACCGAGUGUGUUCAAGUUUAUUUGGAAUAAAAUGAUUUCGCCAUUUACGAUUAUGAAAGCGAUGGGCCCAGUUGGAGUUAAAAUAGCGUCGUUUUACACGUUGCGAAGGUUUAAUAGAGGAGUUAUUGGGGGAGAUGUGGGCGAGAUCGAAAAGUUUUCUGAUUACAUAUUGGGGUUGUAUUUCAAUGUGAAUUAUGUUAUUGACAAAAUUAAAAAGCGGGAGUUUAGUAAGAUUGGAAAUUACAAUAACUCUGACAAAAGCAUAAUGAGUUUGAUUUCGUAUAAUAUAUUGGCUCGAGACUCGAUACAUGAUAAAUUUGCACGAUAUUUCAAAGCAAGAGGUGAGUCUCCAUUGAAAAAGGGCCAAUUGCCGGAAAUCUUGUGGAUGUAUGGGGAGUACGACUGGAUGAAUUCGAUGGCAGGCAAGGGGUUGGUUGAUUUUAUUAAUGGCAAGUUAGCAAGUAAUGAGAAAAAAAUGCAGUAUGUUAAAAUUUGCAACGCCGGACAUAAUUUAUUUUUAGAUAAUCCCAGUGAGUUUGACAAGGCUGUCAAAGACUUUUUGGACGAAAAAUAG